ACUAUUAAUUGCUCACUAUGAUAAUGCUUCAAUUGUAAUAAUAAAAAAAGAUUUCCCAAAAGUUUUGUAUUAAGAAAAAUCUAUCUAUCUACUUCAUCACUCACAAAUAUUCACAAUUCACAAUAAAGAGUUUGCGUUUCGUUUUUAAAAUCACACAAUUCAUAAUCGUUUCUCAGAAACAAAAAUUCGCAUAAAUUUCAAACCCUAAUCGCCGAUUUCAUUCUCCACCAAUGUUCAAUUUUCCCCCAAAUUCAAAACCCUAACCCUAACUAUCGAUUUCUCGAUCGAUUUUCACCACAACAUGAGCAAUGAGAUUGGGCAGAAACCUCCACCUUCAAUACUCGUUGGUCGAUUCAAGGCUUUGUUGAAGCAACGUGAAGACGAUCCUAGGUUGAGAAAUUCCCAACCUUCAACUGAAGAAAUUGUUCAGAUUUACGAGUUGUUGUUAUCUGAACUCACUUGUAAUGUUAAACCUAUCAUCACUGAUCUUACAAUCAUUGCUGAACAACAUCGUGAACAUGCUAAAGGAAUCGCUUAUGCUAUUUGCGCUCGUAUUAUUGAGGUGUCUGCAGAUCAAAAGCUUCCUUCACUCUACCUCUUGGACAGUAUUGUGAAGAAUAUUGGCCAGGAAUAUAUUCGACAUUUCUCAUCACGUCUUCCUGAAGUUUUCUGCGAGGCAUACAGACAGGUUAAUCCAAGUUUGCAUUCUUCUAUGCGACAUCUCUUUGGUACCUGGUCAAAAGUCUUCCCUCCCUCUGUCUUGCGUAAGAUUGAUGGACAAUUACAAUUUUCUCAAGUAGUUAAUAAUCAGUCAUCAAGUGGUAAUCCCCUCAGGGCUUCUGAAUCACCUCGACCAACUCAUGGGAUACAUGUUAACCCAAAAUACAUAAGACAAAUGGAACACUCUACUUCAAUUAUGGAUAGUGUUGUAGGCGAAAGAUUAGACUCAACAGGAGCGGUAGGAAAUGCAAAUUUAGGCCUUGUAGCUAGUAAGAUUAAUCAAUUUGUCCCAAGUAGAGUUAGACGAUCCUCAUCACCAUCAAGAAUUGGACUUGAUAGGCAUAUGCCCUCAUAUAUGGACGAAUAUGUAGCUGACAAUCCUUCUGGUAGGACAGUUGAGAGAGAAUCUCCUCAUCGUGCUGUUGAUUAUGGACUAGUUAAAGGAUUAGGUAGAGAAGAAGAGUUGAGUGAUUGGCCGCGAAAGCAAUUUUCUGGUGAUGGUCGGAAAAGAUUUCAAACUUCUAUGACAUAUAGUCUUAGUAACGGACAACCGCGUCAAAAUCCAAGAGCGCUAAUUGACGCCUAUGGUAGUGACAAAAGCCAAGAAACUUCUGGCAGCAAGCCUUUGUUAGUUGAUCGGCUGGAUAGAAAUGGUAUGGAUAAGGUUAUUUCAACAUCAUGGCAGAACACUGAAGAGGAAGAGUUUGAUUGGGAAGAUAUGAGUCCAACUCUAGUAGAUCACAGUAGAAAUAAUAGUUUCUUGCAACCAACUAUUGGUUUCUCCUCAGAAAAGCCUGUUGCAGCAAAUGCAACUUCUUCAGUGUCAAGGAUGUUUCCGGGUCUCACGCCUAAUAUUGAGUACCGUCCACCAGUUUUGCCGGCAACUUUUGAAAUGAGACACUCUAUUAAUGUGCAUGCUCCUCGUCCUCUCAGCUUAAAUCCUAUAUUUCCAUUGAAGAAUCCUGUUAUGAAUCCAUUUGAAUCAAUAAAUGCUAAUAGUAGCAUUGUUAAUCAUGGUUUAAAUAGACCUUUUCCAAAUCAAGACCAAUUGUUGCACGGUGUUGAGAACAAUGAUAUCACUAAAAGAAACCAGCAUCAAUUACCCAAUCAGCCAGCUGGUCUGAUUUCAUCUAAUCCGCAAAACAGCGGACAACCACCACAAUUGCAGUUUUUUCCAUCUCAGGAUUCAGCAGCAUCACAAUUUACUUAUAGGACCCCUUUGCAAGGACAUGGUGCUUCUAUAAGUAACCCCCUGUCAAAUGCACGCCCUGUUAUGCCACUCCCUUUGCCAGGCCAAAGAAUCCCAAACAACCCUUUACAUUUCCAGGGGGGAGCUAUGCGACCUUUUCCUCCGGCCGGCCCACAUCGUCCACCCCAAAUGCUACCUCAUCCCAAUCCUAGUCCUUUUGUGUCAAGCCAACAGCCAUCUGUUGGAUAUUCUAAUUUGAUUAAUUCACUCAUGGCCCAAGGUGUAAUCUCAUUGGCUAAUCAAGCCCCCACACAGGAUUUUGUUGGCAUUGAGUUUGAUCCCGAUAUUCUGAAGGUUCGUCAUGAAUCUGCAGUCAGUGCCUUAUAUGGUGAUCUUCCUAGACAGUGCACAACUUGUGGCCUCCGAUUCAAAUCCCAAGAUGAGCACAGCAGUCACAUGGAUUGGCAUGUGACUAAGAACCGUAUGUCUAAAAACCGUAAGCAGAAACCCUCUCGCAAGUGGUUUGUCAGUGAAACGAUGUGGCUUAGUGGUGCAGAGGCAUUGGGAACCGAAUCAGCUCCAGGUUUUUUGCCAACCGAGACCACCGAGGAAAAGAAAGAUGAUGAAGAAUUGGCAGUUCCUGCUGAAGAGGAUCAGAAUACAUGUGCAUUAUGUGGAGAGCCUUUCGAUGAGUUUUACAGUGAUGAGACAGAGGAGUGGAUGUAUAGAGGAGCUGUAUACCUUAAUGCGCCCAAUGGAAUACUAACAAGCAUGGACAGGUCACAGUUAGGACCUAUUAUUCAUGCUAAAUGCAGAUCUGAAUCUACUACCUCCCCAUCUGAAGAUUUUGUGAUGGAUGAAGGGGGUACAUAUGAAGAAGGAAAUCAAAGAAAACGAAUGCGGGCAUGACUAAAUUAGACCAGUUUUGUUCACUGUAACUUAUGAGUUUCGGAUUAUUGUAUGCUUUUACAUUUUUUUUUCAAAGUAGAGCAGAAUCUUCUCAAAUACAAGGCCUCUUGCCUAAAUUAUGUACAUGUAUAGUUGCUCUUGUAACAAAGCAUAUUUUAUUGCAGUCAAAGGUUACAUUUAACCUGCAAAUUUUCAGUCA